GUGAUUGAUCUAAUUGUAGAAGGAAUAUCAUGCUAUUAUAAAAAUUGAUUAACAAAGGAGAAAUUAAUUAAUCAAUUGAUUGAUUUCAAGAUUUAAUAUUGAUUGUAAUUUUAUUAAUAAAAUAUUUCCAAUUAAUUGUUAUUUCCUUAUAUAUAUUAUAUAUCCAUCACUCUAUAAAUAACGUUGCUCAUAUGUAGGAAAAGUAUGGAAGAGAAAUAUAAGUGCAAAAACCACCGUUGAUUAGGGGGCCUUGAUUUAUCAUAAUGUCCUAACACUGUUUUGAAUCACAUAAUAUCAUGUCUUUCCUUUCUCCCUCAUUAUUUUUUAUUCAUGUUAUUGCUUUUGAUUAUCAUGAGAUUUCUACUAUUAGAUAUUUUCUCACUAUAUUAGAAACUUUUUUUUGGUAUUAGAGCAACUCGAUAUGGGAUUUCCCUUAGCUUUCCACAUCAAAGUUGAGUAAGGUUUAUUUUUUCCCCUUUUUUUCAUCCUUUUUUUCCACCGCUUUUAUUUCCCAGUCUUUUUUCUUUUCCUUUUUUUUUGUGAAAAAAAAAAGAGAGAUGAAUAAAAAAAAAGCAAAAAAAAAAUCUUCUGAAGAUGCCAGUUGGCCAUCUUUAAAAAAAAAUCAUAAAAAAAAAGAAAAAAGAAAAAAACUUCUACUUUCUUAUAAGGACAAAAGAAACCAAAGGAGACCAUUCGGCCAUGAGUUCUCUCUGCAAGCCCAAAAGCUUUGGAGAAUGAGUAACACUAGUUGGAGGUGACUUACAAGUAAGUUGGACACUCAAUUAAUAUCUCCGUGCUCCAAUUUGAGGACAGUAAAGAGGAUCAAAUCAUAAAAUGAUUGAUUCUAUUUAAAUCAUGUAAUGAUUGAUUCAAUUGUUAAAGGAAUGAAUAUCAUGCCAUUAUAAAAAUUGAUCAACCAAGGAGAGAUCAAUUAAUCAAUUGAUUGAUUUCAAAGAUUUGAUAUUGAAUGUAAUCUUAUUAAUAAAAGAUUUCUAAUUAA